CUACUAUUUCUCCUCCAUCACAUAUCUACAUUUUCAGUUUCUUGAAGUUAGAAGUUGUAAAGUGUGUGGACAACUAGAGAGAUAUGGGAGAAACGACAAUAACAACAGGUGGAAUGGAGAGGAAUCAAGCAUUGAUAACAGAGGCCCCUCUUGCGCCAGUUACUAUUGAAAGGAAAGUUAGAACUGAUUUGGAAACUUCUAUUCCUAAGCCUUAUAUGGCUAGAGGAUUGGUCGCUCCAGAUAUGGAGCACCCCAACGGAACACCUGGGCACAAGCACAAUGGCAUGAGUGUUCUUCAGCAGCACGCAGCCUUCUUCGACCAGGAUGAUAAUGGCAUCAUUUAUCCAUGGGAAACAUACUCUGGAUUUCGUCAAAUUGGUUUCAACAUGAUUGGGUCGUUCAUAAUGGCUAUUGUCAUCAAUGCUGCUUUGAGCUAUCCUACUCUCCCGGGGUGGUUCCCUUCUCCGUUGCUUCCAAUAUACAUUAAUAAUAUACACAAGUGCAAGCAUGGAAGCGAUUCAGGGACCUAUGACAGAGAAGGCAGAUACACCCCAGUGCAUUUUGAGAACAUCUUUAGCAAAUAUGCUCGAACAGUGCCCGAUAAGCUUAGUCUUGGAGAACUGUGGGAUAUGACUCAGGCUAAUAGAGAAGCAUUUGAUUUUUUUGGCUGGAUUGCUACAAAAAUGGAGUGGGGAAUCUUGUAUCUUCUUGCUCGAGACGAUGAUGGUUUCUUAUCGAAAGAGGCCAUAAGGCGAUGCUUCGAUGGGAGUUUGUUCGACUAUUGUGCAAAGGUACGCAUGGGAGGUGACUAUGCUAAUAAGCAAGAAUAGGUUCCACUUAGAAGUAUACAUAUGCUAGUGUUCUGAUUUAGAUGUAAUAGUUUGAGAAAGAGCUAGCCUGAAUCUUGUAUUCUCGUAUACAUGUUUUAAGGUUUUUCUUUGUUCAGAAACUGUGAGAUGGAUUUGGAAUUUCAAGUUAUCUUUCACCCUAUGUUCAGAGGA